CCCGCGUUCCUCGCUCUCUCCCCUCUGCGCUCAGAGCAACUUUGCUAGAGGGCUCGGCUCCGAGGUGCUCCUUCGGGGGGGUUUCCAGCCGCACUUUUGCACCUGGGCAACUAUUUGGGACCUACCUAGGAAACGGGGGCGGGAGAGAGGGACACCCCCUCCGCCUCUUGCCCUGGAGAGAGCAUCUUCUUCCCUUGUUUGCAAACCCGAGGCGCCCUAGCCCCCAUCCCUCCUCCCGGCCCCCGGCACGGGCGAGCCAGCAGGAGGAUUUGGCGUGCAUCCCUGGCCCGAGUGCACGGGCUGGCCCCCGCCUCCAGUGAGAAGCUAUUCUUGCUUGGGGCUUUGCAAAAGUUAGGAAGUGCUGUGCUGGAACUCUCGGAAAUGGAUAUUCCUGGGCCUUAUGUCCAAAAGCUUAUCCCGAUGGAUGGCAAAUUGAAAGAGGCUGAAUGCAAAGAAGAAAGUGUAUUAAAGAUAACAUCUUUCUGGGAUCCAUGGGCCUUUUGAGAGAUGAUCAGAGGGAGGCCGGAUGAUCUACUGAACGCACACAAUAACCUUUUUCUUCCACAAAGGCAGCAACGGAGAACUCCCCAUGCUCCAGUUCCAUCCAGUUUACCCACUCAUUACCGGGCCUUCCGCAGCUAUGAGUGGGAGGUAGUGGAGCGAUCGCUUAAUAUCCUGCAGGCCAGUGGCUUCUACUGGGGUCCCUUAUCUGUGAGUGAAGCACACGCAAAGCUACAGCAGGAGCCAGUGGGGACCUAUCUGGUGCGAGACAGCUCUCAGGGGAACUGCCUCUUCAGUGUGAGUGUUCGGAUGCCAACAGGCCCAGUCAGCCUCCGGAUCUCCUUCCGGGAGGGCUACUUCUGGCUGAAGGACUGGUUCUCGGACUGCGUAGUUAGGCUGCUGGAGAUGGUGGUGGCAGGAACCCAGGCCAACCCCAUCCACUGUGAUGAAAUGGGGGGAACCCCCUUGGUGUUCUCUGAACCCCUCCGCAGGAACCACAGGGUUGUUCCCAAGUUGUAGGAACUUUGCGUCAAAGCCUGGGAGCUUACAAUGGGACAAGGGAGGAAGAUCAGAGAUUGGAAGAGGUACAUGGGAGCGGCAGUUACUUUUCAGUGUGGAAAGGAACAAGGUAUAAUAUCACUUGGAAUCCACUGCCUAUACAGAGAGGGAGACAGCUGCAUACAUGUGGCAGGCAAAACUGAGUGAGUGUGACACGCUAACUGAAUGUGCCACUGCCGUUAAGUUGUACUUUUCCUUGGGGUAGGGGUGGGGAGAUAACUUAAACCUGCUGACUAGGGGAUCCAUGUCCUCCUGAGGUAAAGGUGCAUAGUUUCUCCCUGUGGCAGAGUAGAACUGCCCCAAUCCAGCACUUUUUAUUCCAGUUGUGAUGCAUAAGCUUCAGAAACAUGGGCAUUGCCUGUCCUCCCAGCACACCCCUCUUCUCCCUGUAUUCUAAAGUGCCUAAGCUAUUUCUUGCUGAAAAAUCUCUCCUUGUGAAAAGGACCAGUUGAAUUUCAAAGACUUUGACAAGCUCUGAUUCAAUGUCAUCAGGAAUUGUACACUGUUCUCUGAUACCAAAGGUGGGUGGGUCAGUGUGUGUGUGUGUGUUGAGAGAGAGAAAGAUUUCACAACCAGCAACCUUCACUUCCCUGUACCAUGGAAAUACAUAACAUGCCACUUCAGAAAUACAAGAAAUGACUGUAUAAUAUUUGCACUGGAGGAAACAGUUGCAGGCAUGUGUAAUAAUACAGUUCCACCAGCUUUUGCAUUGCUUUUAUUGGAAGCUGGACUGCAUAGCUUCAUUUUUUUAUGGGCAGCUGGGCCAUACUGUAAUGGGAUAAUAUAAUAUUUCAGCCAACCAAGUCUUGGUUUGGAGAGUCAAUUCUGUUAUUGAUUGUAUCAGCGGAUGUGUAUAAAGCACCAUCAUGUAUGGUCAUCUGGCAGUAUGCUGCUGCCCCCUGCAGAUCAUCAUUAAAGGAACACUCUAAAAAGUUAGGAUUUUGUCUAAAAGGGACAGAGAAAUGCAUUAUAAAAGUUACUACUAAUAAAAAUGUUUUCGAAAGGAGCUUUCAAAAAAAGUAAUAAUUGUCCUGCAGUGCUGGAAAACCAAACAAACUGGCAUUGGGCCAGUACAUGUAAAUCAAAGAUUCACUGGCCAUGCUGAGUGAAGUGAAAAAUGAAAAAAGGAUUAGUUAGGAACAGUAAAUUUCAUUUCUUUUUUUUUUUUUUAGUGUAUUAAUCUAAAAAUAUAGGUACCACAAGGAGGACACUGUCUCAGUAUAUAAGGUCUAAAUUUCAAAUAUUGUAUUUGUAUUGCAUUGAAUAGUAUGCUAGGUGCCUCAAAGAACAGCUAGUUAUACAAGGUCCUGAUGCAAAGAAUACACAUAGAUGUCACAGCUGGUGAGGGUGGGAACGGACAUGGGGAUUAAACAGAAUUAUGAAAAUAAGGUUCUAUAAAGAUUGGGUUCAUCUGACUGACAUCAGUAUUUAAGCAGUGUCCCUAAAAAUAUCCUAUGAAAACAGAUGUUUCUGUGCACAGGUGGCAUUGUGAGUUUGUAACUUCAGAGCAAAUGUUUGAAAAUUUGGUCCAUAACUUAUAUUGGAACAGUUUCCUUUUAAAAGAGAAACCAACUUAAAUUGCCUCAUUAGCACACGUACAAAGUUAAAUAACCAAGUUUGUGCAGACAAGUAGACUGUAUGUUCUUGGUACCUUUUCAGGCACAUCUCUUUUCUUUUUAAUGUCUCAGGCAGCGGAGAGGCAAGGUGUUCCUCUGAUUAAUAGCUUGCAAUUUUUUUUUCUGGCACUAGCUCUAAAUAGCGAGAGUCCUGGGCUGCUGCCCACUUCAAAGUGAAAAGAGGAAAUAGGCCUUGCCCCACGCUCUACAAGGAUAUUUUUAAAAGAAAUUUAUUCAAUGAAAUUGGCAUGACAAGCUCCUCAACAGCACAACCAAAGUACUCUGUCAUACCGCAUAGGUGGGACUGACGGCAAAGUAGAUGGAGAGGCAGGUGGGUCAAGAGGAGGCAGUCAGUGACAGCAAUAUUUUGUGCAAUUUUGAACUUCAUCAGUGUUUCCAGCCUGUAGGCGAAGAUCAGACACUCUUUAUUUCUGUGCAUUGCUGCAAAAUCACUGUCCCUGAGCUCCUUCCUCAACCAUGAACGCCACUCUGUGCUGUGCACUCCCUUACUCAUCCCAUCUCUGGAAGAUAGGUGGGACAUAGUCCUCCCUACCUACAUGGCAUUUCACUCCCUCCCACCCUUGCCCCACUGCAAAUGCAACACCUGAAGUAUGCCUGCUACAUUCCUCUAUUUACUCCAUGCAAUAGCAAAAGGAACUGACUUAUUUCUUAAAGGUUCACAGCUGUGCUCAGGAAUGGCUCUGUUUUAGGAUGGUUGUGUAACACACAGAGGGAAGAGCCAUCUCAUUCCAUUGCUUUGACCCAGCUGUGAACUGUUCUUAUCUGAUUAUUUGGCCUAAAAAUAAGCACCUUGGGUUGUGUAGCUAACAGCUCUUGAAUCAUUCCAUUGUUAAUGGUCACGAUUGCUCUCUUUGAAAAUUACAUUAAGGAUAAAUAAAAUACUUUAGCUCCUAACAGAGGGAUCUUUUAGUUAGUUUUAAUGUUCGUGGUCUAUACCUAAACCACACAGCACAUGCUUAACAUGCUGUAUUAUAAAUAGCUUAAUUGGUGCGCACUCCAUAGGAAAUUGGUUUGAGCUCUAAACUAAUAUAUAAGUGCUAAGUAUUGUUUUAUUAAUUUCUAAAACAAGGAUGAUAUGCACGUUUGUCCCAAUUAAUACAAAGACAAGGGUCUCUCAGACAAAGAGUGGGACAAAGAAACCAAUUUUGGGAGAACUAUGGUGUGGAAAAGUAUUGUGGCAAUUUGGAUGUAAAGGGUUUUGGAGAUGGUGCUUUCCCUCCCCCCAUCUGCCCAGGAUUAUGGAAAAACUUUUUAAAACUUCUGGAAAAAUAUGGACUAAGUAAAACCAUAAUUGUUAGCUUGUGGGAGUGUUUAAAUCUCUCUCUCUGUAAAGUAUGUUCUGUUAAGAAGGAUUUUGCUGCUGACACUCAGUGGGAGAUAUUUAUGUAAGACACCUUGAUUGUAAUUUGUCCAUCCCCACCCAAGAAGGAGAAAACGUCUCCUGACAUGUACCCUAGUGCCUCUUUGGAGGUCUGCAGGUCUGUAAUUUCUUUAUAGCAUUCUUAUCAUCUACUGCCCUCAACACCCUGUUCAGGGAAUAGGAAAACGAGGUUGGUUCAGGUCUCUGACUGGCACACCUCGGUUUGCUGAGGGAAUUAUACAAGCGCACAUAUGGAUUCUUAAUGUAUUCUUGCUAAUAGUAAAAGUUAAAAGUUGAUUGGACUCAUAAGAGGUUCUGUAUAUCAAGUCUUAAAGAGCUUGAGUUUUAAUCCCAACAAGCAACAAGUGCAGCAUAAGAAACUGGAAGUUCCUAACAGAUGGGAUUACUGACCUGACUCUCACCAGCUCUCUUCAUAAUGCUCUUGUGUCUUAACCAGUCAUGUCGUAUUUUUUCCAGAGUCCUUGGCUGAAAUUUGUUAGUUGCUUCUCAGUAUGCACAUGUGCAGCGGGGCCCCCCAGCUGAUGGCUUUUAUGUUAUCACUACCUCUGAGAAAAGGGUCUGUGUUCAUUAUGAACCUGCUUCACCAGAUCACACUCCAUGUUUCUAGGUGGAGCUUGCACAAACUCCCACAUCUCAUAUAUUGCAUAGUAUUAGAGCAUGAUGAAUGUUUGGAUUUCUGAAUGGCCCCUCUACUUUAUCAGAAUUCCAAAUAUAAUUUUCCCUAUACAUGCAAUAAUGUCUCAGAUUUGACCUCUGAUGAUGUUACCAAAACUAUGUUUGCAUCAGUAUUGCCUUAUAAUUUGCUAGAAUUGAUAAUUUACCAGGAUAAACUCAGGUACUAGACUAUACCAAAUAUGCCAAUUCCUUUGAUGUAUAACCCCAUGAAUGUUGUAUAUUUGUAUAUGUAGAUUGAUGGAAUCUUCUGGUUGUAUCAUGUAAUUGCCUUACAGGAAGAUGGGACAGAUUAGGGAGGAUGUGGAAAGGAGAGAAUAGGUGUCAUAAAGAAAGACAAAAACGGGAGCCAAGAGAGCCAUUCUGACUCACGAUUCCUUUCUGGAGAGUUGUCUGAGCUUUUGGGCCACUACAUCUAGUAGCACUAUUGUCAGAAAAAUCUAAUUUUGAUUCAAGC